AUGGUUCCCGUCGUCCCCAUCAAUGAACGACCUCAGGGUGAUAUCGUGUGCUUGUUCGGUACGUCACGCACCCCUCCGAGUCGCCCUCGUGCCGAGAUGCACCGCCCGCCAUGUUCACUGAAAGACUUUGUGGCUCAUCUUCAAUUCUGGAAUCUCCGAUGCGCAGAUGUCGAUGAUACGCUUACUCCUGCUCGAAGAGUAAGUCCGCCCUCGUUGACGAUCAACAUCCUUCUACCUAAGUUGAAAUCGUAUCCUUCAACUGAACCCUCGGGCCCCUCCUCGUCGCGUGCACAAUCCAGGGCGUCUCCCCAGAAAUCAUCGAAGUACUCAAACAAGUCCGUGCUAAAGCCGCCAUUGGGUUCGUGGGAGGCUCAGAUCUGCGUAAGAUCACGGAACAGCUGGCGUUGAAUGGGCAGGACAGUGAGUCGUUAUGUUCUGGCCGCAACACUGCGUAGGAACCAGAGGGCGGACUCCGCGAAAGCUCGCUUCGUCAAAGAUCAAGCCUGAUCUACAUCCUGCACCUUUCAAUUGGGAGGCAUAUCUAAUCCUUUCUCCCUCCUCCCAUUCCCUCCCAUCAGUCUCAGACGACUUUGACUUUUGCUUCGCCGAGAACGGGCUGAUCGCGAUCAAACUCGGCAAACAACUGGAAGCGGCGUCCUUCAUCAACUUCAUCGGGGAGGAAAAGUACAAGAAGAUGGUCAGGUUCAUCUUGCAUUAUAUUGCCGAUUUGGACAUUCCUAUCAAGCGGUGAGCACUGACACGUCUGAGGCUCGUUGGAAGGUUUCGGGAACUAAUGGUUUUUCCCUGGGCGCGGACGUCGGUAGAGGAACUUUCAUCGAGUUCCGAAAUGGGAUGAUCAAGUGCGUCAAGGCUCCUGACUAUGUUCUUGCAUCACAUAGCGGCAUUCUAGGACUCACUUUCGGUGCGGAUGUACAUCACAGUGUCUCUCCCGUUGGUCGUAACGCUUCGUGCGUCCAAUCUCGGACCUGAGCCUGAAACGAGCCUCAAUACCCCAAAUUUUCUUUCUGCAGCGUUCAAGAGCGCAACGAAUUUGAGAAAUACGACAUGGUAAGCUCAGACACAUACAUUACGAGCAGCUUAUCACUCCCAAACUUUAACCAACCCGACCUGUGUAACCUACGUUUUCGUCGUGCACAGGAGGCCAAAGUCCGCGCGACGUUUAUCGAAGCGCUCAAGAAGGAGUUCGCCGACUAUGGCUUGACGUACUCGAUUGGGGGUCAGAUCUCCUUCGAUGUCUUGUACGUUGUGUCUCUUCCCAAAGUCAAUGUCUUGCUCGAAUUAUACAAGACCUGACGGGUAACUUCUUUUUUUGGCCGCAGCCCCAACGGGUGGAACAAGACCUAUGCCUUGCGUCACAUCGAAGCGGACAAUUUCCGCGAGAUCCAUUUCUUCGGCGGCAAGACUUACAAGGGUGGGAACGAUUACGAGAUCUACACGGAUCCGAGAACGAUCGGGCAUUCGGUCGAGAGUCCCGCGGAUACGAUCAGGGAACUCAAGAAGUUGUUCAACCUAUGA